AAGGCUUUCGAGUCGCUUUGCAGAGUAUGAUGCUGUAUUCGAAGAAAUGAGGACCACAGAGUUUGAUUCAUCUGAUGAAGAAGAUGUGGGAGAGGAGCAGCAAACUCCCCUGCAGAUCUCCUGGUUACCCCUGUCAGUUGUGGAAUGCUCACAGUUUUUAGGAAUAUGUCCAUUGCCAGGGUGUAAAUUCAAAGAUGUCAGAAGAAACUUACCAAAGGAUGUAGAUGAGUUAAAGGACCAGGGAGUGGAGGAUGUGUUUGUGUUUUGCACUCUUGGGGAGCUCCAGAAGUACCGUGUUCCCCGGUUGCUGGAUGUUUACCGUCAGCAAGGACUCAGAGUGCAUCACCUGCCCUUCCCUGAUGGGGGCACACCUGAGCUUGACCAGUGCAGCCGAAUUCUGGAGGAACUGCAGUUCAACCUCGAGAACAACCGAAAAACAGUCAUUCAUUGCUAUGGAGGUCUUGGUCGUUCAGGACUAAUGGCUGGAUGCCUCUUGCUUCAGCUUUCUGUCAGUAUGACACCCGACAAAGCUAUUGAAAUCCUGCGUGAGUUAAGAGGGGGUGGAGCCAUUCAGACAGUUAAGCAAUACAACUUCCUGCAUGAAUUUCGAGAGAAGUAUGCAGCUUACCAGGAAAACAAAGAGGUUUUGUUGGAGCGAUCAGUUUCACGAUGACUUCUCUGCACUUUUUCCAUGCUUUUGUGGAGUCUGAUUAAGCAAUAAUCUAAACCAUGACAAGGCCUAUAAUUGAGAUGUUUUGUCCUGAACUCUAAUCGCUGUGUAUGCCGCAUGCCUUUCUCUUCAUUGCACUUUAAAAUCUUUGCUCUUAGUUGCUUAAGUACAUAUUCCUUAAAUUUUUUUACAUUUUUAAAUAUUUGAACAUGGGUGGUAAACUAGGGAAUUUAAACCUUUAUGAACAUAAUUUUACUGUGUGGUUAUGUAAGUCAAUGCUUUCCAUUAUUUUGUAAUGCACUGGAGAUUCUACAAUAAUUACAUCAGCAAAGUAUUCUGGGCUUAGUUUAUUGAAACUUAAGUUUCUCUACCUUAGUCACAUUCAAGUCAGGUCUAAAUUUAUUAAUCUAAAAGUAAAUUUUUGCACUUUCUCCCAAUGUUGUGGUACUGUGAUGCUAUAGCA